AUGCUACCAUUCCGUGAAGCCAUGGACGAUGAGCGCAUAGAAACUGCAAAACUCUUACUGGACCACAUGGAUCUCAGCACGCUCCCAACGGACCAUGAUGGACAAGCUACGUUCAUAUGCAUUGCAGCUGCCUCUGGCUCCGAAACACUUGUAGAGCGAUUGCUCAAACAUGGCUGUGAUCCAGAAGCAAUUAUCAAGACUUGUGGUGACCUUGCUACAUUUGGACAUGUGAGAGUGUUAGAAAUGCUGCUGGAUCAUGGUGCUGCCCUCAAGUAUCCAUAUCUAGCAGCCGUUUACUCAAGGCAAAUGCAAAUUGUCAAGUUAUUAUUGGCAAGAGGGGUAGACCUGAAUUGCUGGCGAUCCGAUGGUGAAAAUGAUAUAUUGUCUUCUGCCGCGGCCGAUAAGUCUAUGUUCAAAUUCCUGCUUGAACAUGGCGCUGAUAUCCGGGUCGAUAAAGAUGGCGACUCUCUGUUGAGGGAGGCAAUUCUCCGUAAUAAUCUAGCGGUCGCUGGGAUGGUGUUGGAUCGGCGAGUGAAACCAGAAGAUGAGCGCAAAGUCCUAGAGAGGGCUGCGACAUGGGACACAUCCGGCGUGCUUGCGUUGCUUUUCCAGCGUGGAAUUGUCUCUGGUCGAACCAAGUACUAUCGCUCAACGAAAGCAGUAGAGCUGGCAUUAGAGGCACACAAUGCCCCUGCCCUCAAAAUCCUGCUUGAGAAUGGAUGGUGCCUUUUUGAUUCUGAGUUAUACCGCUCACAUCAGCGUGAUGGAAGCCAGGACAUCAUUUAUCAUGCUUUUCAAGCACGCUCCCCUGAGGAAAUUGAAAGUAUGCUCGACAUACUAUUCAGCAACGGCGUUCAGAUUAAUAGGACAGUCUGUAAUACGACAAAUAUAUGGUUUCCUAUCCUCGAACGGGAUGCGUACAGCCUGAAAUUACUCCUGGGGAGAGGCGCAGACCCUCUUCAUCUCACUGAAUACAAUGAAAUCCCACUGUUUUAUGCAGUGAACCGGAACUUCGCUGCAGGAAUCAAGCUUCUACUGGAAGCAAUUGUCUCUUCUGAGAGGAUUUCGCGAAGGAAGCUAGCAGAGGAUGUGCAUUUUGCUCUGGCAUGGGCACUUAAUGGCGUUAAGUGGGACGCUGCAAGAGUCUUGCGGCGGUUUUACUACCAUGACCUUGACGGCACAGCGCUAAUAGCACCUCCAUCCCAUAGGCAAGUAAAGGACAAGAGGGACAUGGACGAACAGGAAUGGGCGAUGAAGUAUUUCGGCCCCGACAUCUAG